AUGCUGACACCACGAUGUAUGAUAGCUUCGUCGCUCACGCUGGUGUCCAUCUUUGUUCCAAAAUGGCUUGGUUACUAUAGCGAGACGCCCUCUGGCCAGCAGUUCUACCUCACAUACGGUUUGACAAGACGGUGCUCGUCCGAAUCCCCCGGAUGCGACGCUUUCCCAAAGUAUGAAGACUGUCAAGCAGACAACUCCAUGUUUGGAGUCAGUAUCAAUCGCUUCAGUGGCUCUGGAUCGGACCUUUUCGCCGACCGUGCGAUAUCCAACCCGAUAUUCUGCUCAAUGUGGCGUUCCGUUGGAUUCCUGAUAUCCCUUGCUGUUGUCCUCGAGGGGAUGACUUUUGUGGCAUUCAUCGUGAUACUGGCAGGAGGUAAACAGAUGAGGGAAACAGGUUGGAAGCUGCUGGCGGUGUUUCUGGUCCUGAUUGGCCUUGUUCAGGCAGGUGGAAUGGGUCUGGUGUCAUAUCUAUUCGACAACGACGAUCGCUUCUACCCUGGAUGGAAGCUCGACGACUCGUGGAUCCUGUGUACCGUCAGUAUGUGCCUGAUGCUGGUCAACGCGGUGGCGAUGUACACGAUAGCCCGAGUGCUACCGAACGAAGGCGGCUAUGAGCUGAUAGCCGACCACGACUAA